CCGUGACCGCUUUUACCAACACCUCAUUCCUUUACUUUUUUUUCCCCAACCUUCCAACAUAACUCUCCGACAUUCGCUAAAUCCACUGGGAGAUAUCCACCCCUGUCCUCAAUCCUGAUUCGAGGCUCCCCCCACGUCAAUAAAGGGUCGUGUGAACUCUCCCGGUCGCACCCUCAUGGGGCUCACAGCUUUCCUCUUCCCCAUCCCCUCCCGCUUUUAAACCCAAAAUUCAAUAUGGGGUUACCAGCCUCGAAUCACCACCGACGGCGAAGCUCGAUGCUCACAGGGGCGACUCGACCGGGCCAGCCGGGCUCUUCGGACCGGAGGGAUGACAGUCUCCGGCCAGGAGACGACAGAUACAAAUGGGAUGAACAAGAGCCGUUGACGGCUGAGGAUACCGAUACGUCGGAUGUCUCGGCAGCGGCGAUGGAUACACGCGAGAUAGACAUUAGUUCAGAUGAUGAUCACUACGAUGAGGAGACUGGUCUUACAGCACAUCAGAAACGUCAGCGACGUCGACGGCGCAGGCAACGCCGCAAGCUGGAUGCUCGCAUCGCCGACACCAAAUCCACCAAUGGCAUCUUCCAGCUUGGUCUGGCUGAUCGCAAUGUUGUCAAGAAACUCAUGGCUAACGCAGGUCUAAUUCUUAUGUGGUAUUUCUUCUCGUUAUCCAUUUCCAUCUAUAACAAAUGGAUGUUCUCUGAGAGCGACGUCGUCUUUCCGUAUCCCCUUUUCACCACCAGCUUGCACAUGGCUGUCCAAUUCACACUCGCCAGUCUUUUACUAUACUUGUUCCCCUCCUUGCGCCCGAGUCAUCCCCCGGAGUCUGCCACAAAUUCACCCGUCGAGGACCUCAAAAGGGAGCCGGUACUCACCAAAUUGUUUUACUUCACGCGCCUCGUUCCUUGCGGGGCAGCGACCUCCCUUGACGUCGGUCUAGGCAACAUGUCGCUGAAGUUCAUCUCCCUCACCUUCCUCACAAUGUGCAAGUCAUCUGCACUCGCCUUCGUUCUUCUUUUUGCUUUCCUUUUCCGCCUUGAGUCUCCCUCGGUGAAACUGAUCGUAGUCAUUGCCGCAAUGACAAUCGGUGUUGUUAUGAUGGUUGCCGGCGAGACAGCAUUCAAUGCGCUCGGUUUCACACUCGUUAUUGCUUCCGCGUUCUUUUCCGGUUUCCGAUGGGGUCUUACACAGAUUCUCCUACUUCGUCAUCCGGCAACCUCAAACCCUUUCUCUACUCUUUUCCUUCUCACGCCCGUGAUGUUUCUUUCUCUUAUCUUCAUUGCCCUCACUGUGGAGGGUCCCAACGAGAUCCACCAAGGAUUCCUCAAACUUGCUGAACAACAUGGAACGGCAGUUGGAGCCGGUCUGCUAGUAUUCCCGGGGAUUCUGGCAUUCUGUAUGAUUUCAUCUGAAUUCGCUCUACUCAAACGCUCUUCGGUGGUUACUCUGAGCAUCUGCGGUAUCUUCAAGGAAGUAGUGACCAUCAGUGCUGCGGGGAUCAUUUUCCAUGACAAAUUAACUCCCGUCAACGUUACUGGCCUUGUUGUUACAAUUGGCAGCAUCGCAUGCUACAACUAUAUGAAGAUCUCCCGGAUGCGCAGCGAAGCACAGGAAAGCUGGAGUCGUGAGGGUAGCCCAGACUCUGACACCGAGGAUACGGAACUCAGUGGAGCAGAGAACAGUGAUUACCACCGCGUCGCGGACCCCGAGCCGGGUCUUAUCAGUGCUGUCCCCGCAGAUCAUUUCAACGACGACAUGCAUGCUUCACUGGCAGGCGAUCAGCGGCGUUCUUUCCGUGUCCGUGCUAGCGGUGCUAUGCAAGGGCUCACGAUUUCCACGUCCACGAUCCCUGAGAAUGACGGCCCGGGGUCGCCCAUCAAAUCCGCCCCUCCAACCAUAACCUCCAUGUCCGAGGCAUUCCCCGCACAUCUCCAGGAGUCUGAUCGGGAGGCAUCCCCAGGCGUUCACUCUACUUCGUCCAUCUCGCCGGUGCGGCAGCACACUCCUAUGAAUCACUAG